AUGCUGCGUCGGUCGCUGCGUGUGAUGAACCGACCGAAGGGGCCCCAAGGGCUGCGGCCAGGCAAGGAGUACCGCUUCACCGUGCCGUACCGCAGCGAGGUGACGAUGCUGCGGUGCGCCAACUACCGUGCCUUCAACAGCAACAUCCGCGAGCUGUUUAAGAAGCCCCUGGUGCAGAACAACAUUAAGGCAAUUCCCCGCGACCUGGGUGAGUUACCGCGCAAUUAUGUCUUGAAGCUGCUCUUCUUCCACCAACCCAUACGGCUGGUGGAUCUGUGGUCGGUAUGCAAGGAGCACGACGAUGUUCCCCUGGACUCCGCGAAGCAUCUUCGCCUGGUGCUGAAGAUCGCAAAGCUGCAGCGCUGGGUGUAUGCGGAGAAGAACCAGACGAACAAUCUCUUUUACUACUACAUUCAUCAGAGCCGCGUGCAGGAGGUGCAGGAUAUGGUUCGCGCCGACGAGGUACACAAGAAGGAGAAGGAAUCUCUAGAGACGGUGGAGGCAGAGAAGCUGCGCCGCGAGGAAAAUGAACGGCGUCGAACGGUAUUGGACGAGAAAAUUAUGGCGCUGCAGAAUAUUCUCGUCUCCAACGUGGCGCAGAUUCAGCAGUUUGAUCCCGCAUUUCUGCAUGCAAAGCCAUAUUUGACGAAGGAUGGAGCGGUUGACUUGGCGUGGGGAUGGCGCGGCAACGAAAGCAGCUUUGGCGGCGACGACGACAGCAGCAACAACGAUAGUAGCAACGGCAUGAGGAGCGCGUAG